CGUUCAAUCGGGACGCAGACAUAUCAAUUGAUUGUUAACAAUUGUUAAUCUGUCUUGUUUUUUUAAAAAUACAAGCAAGUGAAUUUGUACCAAAAGCUAUUUUUUGUGGCAAAACUUAUCGCGAACACGGUGUCGUGAGAUUAUAAAUUGAAAAUACACGAUUCAAUUAAAAAACUGACAAUUUACGCUUCUGGAUCCGCUGCUUCUAUCAACAAAUAUAUCUUUACAUUGAAAUGGCAGAUGAGAAUGUCUUAUUUGUAAGAGGAAGUAAUGAUAAAAGUAGCGGUUCGGAAGAGGAUGUUUGGGAUGAUACUGUGCUUAUAAAAGCGUACGACAAAGCUGUAAAUUUAGCUAAGGAGACAGCAGCUAAACGAAUGGGAAUCAAACCACAAAAUCCUGUCACAAAACACACUGGUAAACAGAAAUCACAAACUAAUAAGACACCAAAGAAUACAAACAAGGUGUGGGUUACAGGGUCUCCGUGCCGUGCAGUGUAUUCCGAAGACCAAGAAGUUUACGAGGCCAUAAUAACAAAUAUACAUGACGAUCAUAAAACGUGUACCAUUAAAUUUAUAGGAUAUGGUAAUACACAGACAGUGGAACUUGAUUCACUUUUAGAAUCAGAAGGCUUGGAAAGUCAAAUACUUCAGCAAAAAGAAGCACUAGCAGGUGCAAGUAAUCAGAAUGGGACAGAGUCUGCUUCAAAUUAUCCAUAUCAUUCAAAAGACACUAAUGGCACAUGUGGAGAAAAGAUGGAUUGUGACACGGAAGACUCGAAAGUGUUCAAAAACAUUUUUUCUAACCCCACUCAGUCUGUUAGUCCGAUGUUGGGUUUGAUGCCACCUCCUCCGCCAAUGCCACCACAAAUGAUGGCUAGAUUACCGGAAAACGAUGCGGAUGCUCUCUCCAGCAUGUUAAUGUCAUGGUAUAUAAGUGGCUUUCAUACAGGAUAUUAUCACGGCUUAAAGCAAGCUAAAAAUAAAGAGAAAAUGAGUAAACAAUAAACGAUCUACUUUUGAA